CGCAGAGACGCCAUGCCGGAGCCUCGUAGGCCUUCGCCUCUGCGCGUGAAUGCGGCGUUCGCCGCGCGGUACGGCCGCUACCGGGAGCGCGAGGAGCUGCAGCGCCUCAAGGAUCGCUACGGGAACCGGGAUGGCGGCAGCGACUCGAGCUCCGAGUCCGACUCCAGCGAUGAGCACGUGGAAUUUGACCCACAAGAGGAACGGGACUUUUACAGAACUCUGUCCUUGUUGAAGAAGAAGGACCCUCGCAUUUAUCAGAAAGAUGCGACCUUCUACCAGAAAACAGCUUCAUCUUCGGAGAGUGAGGAGGAGUCGGAGGCUGCAAAGAAGCCGAAGCCGCAGCCCAUGUACCUGAAGGACUAUGAGAGGAAGGUCAUCUUGGAGAAAGAAGGCAAGUAUGUCGAUGAGGAUAACUCGGACGGGGAGGCUUCUGAUCAGAGACGUCAGCAUACUUUCUCCCCGAGUUACGCCGAGGAACAGAGACAGCUCAAGGAGAGCUUCCGGACGUUUGUGGAGGACAGCGAGGAUGAGAACAGUGCUGAGGAAGGCAGCUCAGGGUUGUUGCAGAAACGUGCCAAAACCAGGGAGGAAAAGGUCCAGGAGGAGGCCGACUAUGUCGAGUGGCUGAAGGGGCAGAAGGAGAUUGAGAACCCAGAGACCCUGAAAGAACUGACCCACCUCAAGGACUACUGGAACAACCCUGAGCUGGACGAAGGGGAGCGGUUCCUGAGGGAUUAUAUUCUCAACAAAGGGUAUGAAGAGGAAGGAGAUGAAGACGAAGAGGAAGAAGAGGAAGAGGAGGAGGAAGGGACCCUUGGCCCCCCGGUCCAGCUGGCUGUGGACGACUCCUCAGACGAGGGCGAGCUGUUUCUGAAGAAGCAAGAGGACUUUGAGCACAAAUACAACUUCCGUUUUGAGGAGCCGGACUCUGCCACAGUCAAGACCUACCCGCGGAGCAUCGCAUCCUCUGUGCGCCGGAAGGAUGAGCGCAGGAAGGAGAAGCGGGAAGAGAAGCGGGAGCGGAAGAGGAGGGAGAAAGCCAAGAAACGGGAGGAGCUCAAACAGCUCAAGAACCUGAAGAGGAAGGAGAUUCUGGCUAAGCUGGAAAAGCUGCGGCAGGUCACGGGCAACGAGACGCUGGGCUUGGAGGAGCGGGACCUCGAGGACGACUUCGACCCCGCCAGGCACGACCAGCUCAUGCAGAAGUGCUUUGGCGAGGAGUACUAUGGCACCAUGGAGGAAGAGAAGCCGCAGUUUGAGGAAGAGGAAGGGCUUGAAGAUGACUGGAACUGGGACACGUGGGCUGGGCCGGAGCAGGACGGGGCAUGGGGCCAGCAGGACCUACACUGUGAGGACCCUGAUUUCAAUAUGGACGCUGACUAUGACCCCAGCCAGCCCCGGAAGAAGAAGCGAGAGGCCCCCUCGACAAGCAAGAAGAAGCGCAAGUCCAAGUCCCCAUUUGCCGCGGCUGUGGGGCAGGAGAAGCCCGUGUUUGACCCUGGGGACAGAACGUUUGAAGAAUACCUUGAUGAGUACUACCGACUGGACUACGAGGACAUCAUUGACGACCUGCCCUGUCGGUUCAAGUACCGCAGCGUGGUGCCCUGCGACUUUGGGCUCAGCACGGAGGAGAUCCUGACAGCUGACGACAAGGAGCUGAACCGCUGGUGCUCCCUGAAGAAGACCUGCAUGUACAGGUCUGAGCAGGAGGAGCUGCAGGACAAGCGGGCGUACAGCCAGAAGGCCCAGAACGUGUGGAAGAAGCAGCAGAUCUUCAAGUCGCUCUGCUCAGAGGAGAUGGAAGUGCCCUCGGAAGCCACAGGAAAGCCACAGAGCAACAAAGCCAGCCCGCAGGGGCAGCUGCCAGUGCCUGAUGAGGCCCGUGGGAAACAACCCCAACCCGAGAGCCCCCCAGCACAGGAAGAGGGGGCCUCCACGUCAGCCCCUGAGAAGCCAGCCUCCCAGAGGCGGAGGCGGGUCAAGAAGGCACGUCUGCUGGGCCCCACGGUGACACUUGGAGGCCAGGAGUUCAGCCACCAGAGACUGCAAGCCUUUGGCCUCAACCCUAAGAGGCUGCACUUCCGUCAGCUGGGCCGGCAGCGGAAGAAGCAGCGAAAGGCCAAGGGCACCCCCUGA